AUGAGACUUUCCAUUUCACUCUCCGGGAACUGCGAUACUCGCGAGACCGUCCUCAAGCGCGAUGGGACGAACGUCGUCACCAAUAGUGCCUGCAGCGCGACCUCUGGACACUGGGUAUCGCCUUAUGACGGAAUAGUGACUGACUUAGCGAGCGAUCUUGACAUAGAUCACGUCGUUCCUUUGAAAGAGGCAUGGGUGUUGGGUGCUCGUAAUUGGACUCCGGCUCAACGCGAGGCUUUCGCGAACGACUUGACUCCGGAUCCUUCUGCGCUGGGCUCGUUAGGCGACCGAGACCCUGCAAACUGGCUCCCGCCUCUCAGCAGCUACGUUUGCACAUACGUCUGCGCCUGGGUCCAAGUGAAGUACUACUACGGCCUGACCAUCGACUCUGCCGAGAAGACCGUUUUAACUAAUAUGCUGGGUGGAUGCUGA